CGCAUGCAUGCAUGCAUUUGAAGACCACAAUAUUCUCCUUCCUCUUCCUCUCUCUCAUCAUCAUCAACAACAAGAACAGGAAGGACUCCAUGGCUUGUCCUCCAUCCACUCUUUCCCUCUCUCUUGAUUCCACCCUCCAACCCUGCCUCUUCGCCCCCUCCGCUCCUUCAACGACCUUAGCCGGCACCACCACCUCCCUCCCCCCGGAGAAGCGCCAGCCUUCGAUUUUCCGAAGUUUACUCGGCCGCUUCUCCUCCUCCUCGGCCACGCAACCCACCGCCUCCUCUCGCACCGACGCCCCCGACCAACCAGGCGCGGUCAUCAACGACGAGGCGGUCCAGGUCCUCCGGGACUUCCGCGUCAUCGUGGAGCUCGACCGCGGCGGCGUCCUGGAGAUCCGCCCCGUAGAACCCGGGGAGAUGGAGGCCACGGGGACGCUCCUCGCGGAGACCUUCUCCGAGUCCAGGCUCGUCCCCGUCCGGUACGCCCACCUCAUCGCCUUCCUGGUAAAGCAGUACCUGGAGGAGCGGCGCGCCCUGGAACCGCACGUGGCGGUGCUCAUCGGGUUCUACAAGGAGAGCGACGCCGAGGGACCAGCGCAGCUGGCGUGCACUGCCGAGAUCUCGUUCGACGCUCGCGGAGCCAAUGUCGCCCCGCCGACGCCCCACCCUCCCCCUGACUGCCCUUACAUCUGCAACAUGGCCGUCAGGAAGUCGCUGCGAAGGAGGAGGAUUGGAUGGCAUCUUCUGGAGGCAUGCGAGGAGCUGAUAACGAGAAUGAAGGCCAAAAGAGAAGUAUACCUUCACUGCAGGGUGGUGGAUAAGGGCCCCUUCGACAUGUACAGGAAAGCGGGUUAUGAGGUGUCGAAGACCGACAGCUACUUCAUCUGGUUGAGUCUUCAACGACGCAAGCACUUGAUGUGGAAAAAGCUGCCACCUCCAUCAGAUGACGACGCGGUCAAUAAAACCUCUGCUUGCGACGACCAUCCAAUCUGAUACCGCACCAGACUACGUACGAUGUUGCGUUCUGGAUCUAAUGCCAAGAAGUGUGCUUUUGGAAUGGUCACCGGGCCUUCAUGGUGCGUGGAGGAUAAGGUCGAUGAACUUGUUGUUGUUGCGGUAAAUUGGU